ACAAACUCAUCCAAGCUGACAGGAGUUCGUGUAAACCGUCCAUUUCCAGCCCAACUAGCAAUCAUACAGUCAUCAUCAUCGCACUCAUGGCCCAUUAUAGAGCCCCAGAAUCAAAGCGGGAACAAUUCAGGAGAUACCUAGAAAAGUCUGGGGUUCUUGACACUAUAACAAGCGUUUUAGUGGCACUUUAUGAAGAAAAUGACAAACCCAACAAUGCACUGGAUUUCAUAAAGCUUCACCUCGGAGCGGCUGGUCCAGAGCCGGGAGAUACUGAGACUCUACGCAUGGAGCUGGCUGAUCUACAACAGAAAUUUAACCUGCUCAUGGAGGAGAACAAAGAGCUGAGAAACAGGCUGAUGCAGUAUGAACCGACGUCUGAGGAUGGAGCAGCAGAGUAGAAAGGACACGUUUUGUCUUGCAUGAUGGGGAAAUUAAAAAAGAAAACAACGUGAAACAUGAAGAAAAUAACUUUUUUUUUUUUAAAGAAUAUGUUGAUGUUUUAUUACAUAUAAGGGAUGUACAGCUAACACAAAAUCACUGUUAUUUUUUGUUAUAUAACAGAAAAGCAACUUUUGCUUCUUAAGAAAUAAAAAACAGUUUUUUUUUCA